UAUAAUCGAUAUACAAUCUUAAUAGGAGAACAGCUUCUGCUUUUGGAAUACGUACCAAACAGAAGCCUAUUCGAGCGUAUGCACACGCGCGAGGGCACACGCGCCGCCCUCUCCUGGUCCAACCGCCUCAGCAUCGCACUCGACAUCGCCUACGCACUCGACUACCUCCACUCCGUCGCCGAUCCGCCGGUGAUCCACCGCGACAUCAAAUCGUCGAACGUCCUCCUGGUCAACGACGGCCGCGCCAAGCUGGCGGACUUCGGCCUCUGCAAGCUGGGGAGCGACGCGCAGAGCUCGCACACGCCGAUCGCCGUCAAAGGAUCGCUGGGGUACGUCGACACGAGCUACCUGAGCACCGGCGUCGUCUCGCCGAAGAGCGACGUGUACAGCUACGGGGUGCUGAUUCUGGAGCUAGUCACGGGGCUGAAAUCGCUGCAGGGAUCGUUCACCCUGGCGGAGUGGACGGAGGAGCGCCGCAGAAGUGACGAUUUGGGGGUUCUGAUGGGGAUUUUGGACCCUAAUUUGAAGAAUGAUGUGAAUGUUGAGCAAUUUAGGGUUUUGAUUGAGGUGGCGAAUAUGGCUCUGGUUUGUAACUCGGAAGCGAGGCCUGAUAUGACUCAGAUUGCUUACAGGAUUUCGAGUUGUAUGCAAACUCAACUCCGAUCUGAGUUGCCUGUUUAAACUCGCACGUAGGCAAC